AUGCGGCUGUUUGUACUUCCUAAUGGUAGCCAACUGUCGUUCUACGUCAGGGCUUGUGAUUCUGUACCAAGUUUAAAACUAGCGAUCGUGGCUCAUGGUGCUACUCCGGGGAUAACUACUGAUUCUGAGAAAUAUAUACAUUACAAGUACAUAUGGGACUGUAUUCAGAGCAAAUCUCGCUUACCGAUGGAAAAUUAUCACGUCAAGCUGGGGACUCAGGUUUCUGAAAUUUUAUCCGUCGAUAUCGACGAUCCCUGUUGGAUCGAUACAGAAUUUUCUAAUCCGUCUGUGCGUUCACGUAAACCCUUUACAAAGAAAGAGAGUCUGACUUUGUUGAAGUACAUCCAAGACAAUAAUCUUUUACCGUUUCUGAAUAAACGAUCAACUUAUGUACGUUUAGAAGCUACUGGAAUAACAAAUCACUCCGCUGAGUCCAUACGCAGUCACAUUCGACAAGUUUUGCAUCUUUUAUUCAAUAAAUCUCACAAUUCUGAUAACAAUCAUGACAAUUCUGAAAACAAGAACAUCAACAACAAUAAUAACAGUGAUGGACACGAGACGUCGAGUUGUAAAAGUGGAUUUUCUCGAUUUAAAAGAAAACAGUACACCUUAGUAGAAGACGAAGCAAUAAUGAAUUAUGUAGUGGAAAGAAAUCUUUGGAGACAAGUAAGAAGUCGAGCUCUUUGGAGAAAGAUGGCCAAAGAAGGUGUGACUAACCACUCCUCCGAAUCUAUGCGUAAUCGAUUCCGACAUCGUUUAGUAAAUGCAACUUAUGCUCGGUUAGUGACAAAACUCACUAAGAGUGAACAAGUGAAGCUGAAUGAAAUUUUUUUUGGUGGUUCUAAACGAGCGGGUAGUAAUUUGGAAAAUAGCAGUGAGGAUAUCUGCCAUUCAUCGUACUCAAUUGAUGAAUGUACUACCAUAACAUCAGAUGAGUCAAAUGCAAAUAUUGCGGAUGAUGUGAAUGACCUUCAGUCAUCAUGUCAUCAAUCAUACAAGAUUCGUGACAAACAGACUUCUCCGACUGAAGAGACUGUCCAGCAGACGGAAUCAAGUAAUAUGUCAACCAACAGCGUUGCAGAAGUGUCCGGUUCACCAUCCCCCUCAUUUACUGUUUCUACCUCGAAUUCCCUUGGAACUCCUAUAAGAUACCGUAAUCGUCGUGCAGUGCCACGAUCGAUUGUUAUAGGAGAUGGAAGUCCUCAGCUGAAGUCAACUGGUUUGAUGGCUACAUCGAGUAGUUCGUUAUCAUCUAAGUUGUCAGUAUCAUCGGUACCGAGUACGUCAUAUGCUUUAUGUCGUAAUAAUACUCCAGUAUCUCUUGAUUCAUCGAUUCUUACAUCAGAUUCAUCUGUAGCGUUGCGUCCACCAAAUAAUCCAGAAUGGAUUUCACAGUUAAUAAAUUGUUCCCCCUACAUAACAACACCGCUACAACCUAUGCUACUUGUUACCAUGACUAAUGGGUCUGUUAUUGAAGCGUACAAUUUCUUGACAACUGGAAAGCGUCGUCAACCAUCAUCGUCUGAAGAAUUUAGUCCACCUCUUUGGUUACUUGAUGAUGACAGAUCUUUGAGUUCAGAAGACACAGAAGUAGUUGAUGAACUUGUUAAUCGUUUUGGCUGGACGGAAGUAAUUGAGCGUUGUAAUUUUCUAAAAGGUCCAGAUUAG